CAGUUUACACGGUCGUGCUGCACCUCAAGAACGAGCUGAACCGUGGCACCUUUUUCAUGACGCUGCAGAACCAGCCCGUGGCCCUGAGCCUGUACAGGCAGUUCUGCCGGCACCAGGAGCGGGACACGCUGAAGGAUCUGUACAACCAGGACGACAACCACCAGGAGCUGGGCAACUUCCACGUGCACUCCAGCUACUCUGAGAAGCGGAUCGAGGGCCGUGUGGGGGCCCUGCAGAACGCCCUGGACGAGUUCAACAAGGCCAGGAACGACUUCGCUGCCAAGGCCACCGAGGAGCAGAUCAAGCUGCUGCGGCUGCAGCGGCACCUGCAGGAGGACUUUGACAAGCCCUACCUGGACCUGUCCCUGCACGACACCGUGUCCACCCUCAUCCUGGACGGGCACCACAAGCGGGCAGAGCAGCUCUACCGGGAGUUCAAGAUCCCCGACAAGAGGUACUGGUGGCUGAAGAUCAGUGCCUUGGCCACGCGGGGGGACUGGGAGGAGAUGGAGAAGUUCUCCAAGAGCAAGAAGUCGCCCAUCGGGUACCUGCCCUUCGUGGAGGUGGCCGUGAAGCACCACAACCGGUACGAGGCCCGCAAAUACGCCCCCCGGGUGCCCCCCGAGCAGCGGGUCAAGGCCUUUGUCCUCGUGGGGGACCUGGAGCAGGCGGCCGAGGCGGCCAUAGAGCACAAGAGCGAGGCCGAGAUGAACCUGGUGCUGUCCCGCUGCUCCCCCGGCACCGACGGCGCCCUGGCCGAGAAACUCACCCGGGCCCGGGCACAGCUGCUCAAGAAGUGACCCCGGGGGGCUGCAGGGACACCCCCAGCCCCUCACAGCCCCCUCCCGGGGGUCUGUGCCCGGGGGAGGGGGAUGGCAGCGAGGUGUCCGUGUCCUCUGGCAGCUGCUCCCAGCACGAGUUUGGGAAACAAAACACGGCACUGAGACCACAAGUGGUGCAGGACCCCCAGCCUGGGGGCAGGGGGACCCCCACCCUCCCACCACGGCCCCUCCCUCCCGGUUCAAUAAAGAGAAGAGCUCCCGCUCCUGUC